GGCGCUUUGCAUGAAUGUCUAGUACUAUUUGAGAUGCCUUGAGGCACCUGAAACAUUCAAAAGCCUGCAGACAAGCCAUGGAUCUUACAGAAGAUCAGUAUCCUUUUGGAGAGAAUGUUGUAGGCCAAGAGGAAAGCUAGGGAGGCUUAAUUGGUAUUAGAUGUCCUAUGUUUAUUUGAAAGAUUCCUGUCUACAUUGCAUCUCAGGUGAGUGCCCUGUGGCUGAAAGGAAAAGGCAGAGAGGAGAUAAGGGAAGUUCACAUAACAUAUUUGUAGAACACAUCCAGUAGAUUGUAGAACAACUUAAAUGAUUUCCCUUGGUAUCAAACCUGGAUUAGUCAGAUGUGAGGACAAAGAAGAGACCUUCCAGAUAACUGCUAGAAGCCAAGUCCUGCUGUUCAGCAUUUACCAGGAACAUUAAAGCUAUGUCAAAAACUAUUGCAUAUUUUUGAUCACUCUUCUCAAAAGGCAUCCCUUUAGGUGAUGGACCUGGAGAAGGACCAGAACUGUGCACCAAGGAAACCAUGUAUAUACACAGAGUCUCUCCCAAGAACAGUGAAGUCAUCAUAGAAAAAAAGGCAGAUCAUCUCAUGAAGACCACCCUGGUUUUGUAACGAGGAACAGAAAUGUGAAGGAAACAAGAAACUGGCAUAAAUGGAAAUCUGCCAAUUAUACUCUGCAAACGUGACUCUAGAUAUUGGUUGGUGAGAAGGAAAGAAAACACAUUUAUCAUCUCUAUUUUGUAGAAAAUGUUUUUCCACAUUUCAAGCCAGUAUGCAUUGGUAGACGAUGGAUUGCAAUUCUGGCCACUUUCUCUACACCCUGGCACAGUGCAGAGGGAGAAAUUCACUGCUGGAAUGAGCCUGGAACACCUCUGGCUACUGAAGUGCCUUCUACUAAGCCAUCAGACCAUGGUGAAGAGAAACAACACCAAAGAACAACUGGAAAUGGACUCCCUGGAGCCCGUUCCCCCCGCACUCCAGCUCUGCUUUUUCCAGACCUCGCAGUGCCCAGCGUGUCGGCGGGCUGCUCUCCCCAAAUCACCGGCUUAGGGCCCCUGCCCCUCUCCGCCCCAGCACACACAGACAUCGCUCAGACGCACCCCCCGACGCAGCCCCCUCACCCCACUCAGUUUGUAGAGAUCCAGACCUUCUCUUCCUGAUUGUCAAGAAAAAUAAAUUAUUGCUGAAUUUGGGAAUCUAGGCAGCACCAGCAUACUUUUUCCCUGCAUCUCUCUGGAAUCGUUUCUGGGAUAUUUUCCAAAUCAACACAGAAAGCAGGAGGAAUGAACCGGCAGCUAGUGAAAAUUUUGACAACCUUGUUUGCAUUUUUCUUAGAGACAAACCACUUCAGGACGACUUUCUGUAAAGAACAUGAUUCAAGAUCUGGAAAAUCCCCCUCACAGACCCUGUCUCCUUCAGAUUUUUUGGACAAAUUGAUGGGAAGGACAUCGGGAUAUGAUGCUAGAAUCAGACCAAAUUUUAAAGGUCCUCCAGUAAACGUUACUUGCAAUAUUUUUAUCAACAGUUUUGGAUCAGUCACAGAAACCACAAUGGACUACAGAGUGAACAUUUUUUUGAGACAGCAGUGGAAUGAUUCACGCCUGGCUUACAGCGAAUAUCCUGAUGAUUCCCUGGAUUUGGAUCCCUCCAUGCUGGACUCUAUCUGGAAACCGGAUUUAUUCUUUGCCAAUGAAAAGGGAGCAAACUUCCAUGAUGUCACAACAGACAAUAAGCUGCUAAGGAUUUCUAAGACUGGAAAAGUGUUGUACAGUAUCAGGCUUACUUUAACCUUAUCGUGUCCCAUGGACUUGAAGAAUUUUCCAAUGGAUGUACAGACAUGCACAAUGCAGCUAGAGAGCUUUGGCUAUACUAUGAAUGAUCUGAUAUUUGAGUGGUUGAGUGAUGGACCUGUGCAAGUUGCAGAAGGUUUAACCUUGCCACAGUUUAUUUUGAAAGAAGAUAAAGAACUUGGUUAUUGCACAAAACAUUACAACACUGGAAAGUUUACAUGCAUUGAAGUCAAGUUUCAUUUGGAGCGUCAGAUGGGAUACUAUUUAAUCCAGAUGUACAUUCCUAGCCUGCUGAUUGUCAUUUUGUCCUGGGUUUCUUUCUGGAUCAACAUGGAUGCUGCUCCAGCAAGAGUCGCACUGGGUAUCACUACAGUUUUGACAAUGACCACUCAAAGUUCAGGAUCAAGAGCUUCCCUUCCAAAAGUCUCCUACGUAAAAGCUAUUGACAUCUGGAUGGCCGUGUGCCUUCUCUUUGUCUUUGCUGCAUUACUGGAAUAUGCAGCAGUCAAUUUUGUUUCACGGCAGCACAAGGAGUUUCUGAGGCUUCGAAGAAGGCAAAGAAGACAAAACAAGGAAGAUGAGGUUGCUCGUGACAGUCGAUUCAAUUUCAGUGGCUAUGGCAUGGGUCACUGUCUCCAAGUCAAAGAUGGCACAGCAGUCAAGGCUACUCCACCGAACCCACCUCCAGCACCACCAAAGGAUUCAGAUUCCAUCAAAAAGAAGUUUGUUGACCGCGCAAAAAGGAUUGAUACAAUAUCCCGUGCUGCAUUCCCACUCGCCUUCCUCAUUUUCAACAUCUUUUACUGGAUUACAUACAAAAUUAUAAGGCAUGAGGACAUUCACAAGAAGUAGGAAACUGGUUUGCCAGGACUUGUCAGCCAAAGUGAUCCACAUGUAAAUAAACAGUGAAAUGUCUUUCUGUCAUUUGGAUGAAGGGUUUCUUUUUCCCCUCAGAACUCUGAAGAGAAGAUGAAAGAAUUAUAGAAGGAAAAGUGAUUGCAUGAAACAAUAUGCCUGAGACCGGUCAAUAAGGGUUCCCCUUAUGUACUCUCAGUGUUCUUCUUCCAGGUUCAGCAUUGACCAGACAUCUGUAAAAGGGGCCAAAUUUUACUCAACUUUAUCACCAACAUAUUAUUGUUUGAAACAUAAGAGAAUCAGAAAACAAACAGUGCUCCUAAAACAUCUACCAAGAGACUGUGGUGGCUACAGUACAGUGAGUUAUAAGAGGACCAAACUUUUUCAGGAUAAUGUUGCCUUUCUAUUUGAAACAAGUCUACUGAGCUACAUUCCAUGACCAUGUCUGUAGUUAGUGGUUUCACCAAGGAGUCCUUUUGUGGGUUGUAAAUUAUUUCUACUGACAAAGGAGAGGAAAAACAAAAACAAACAGAUUUAUACUUUACUAUCCUUGUGGGUGUGCAUUUUAAUAUUAUCUUGCUUUACUAGAAUUGUAAUUUUGGGGUUGAACUUGUGUGUUGUGUGAUUUAUUUGAUAGCUGACACUCCAAAACCAGUGAAACUGCCCAGUUUAUUUUUGUUGGAAGAUAGUGCACUUACUUCAUUUUAUUUCUGCUGAUUUUACAUGCAACUUGAGGUGCCAAAUUGUAUUUUACCUAUUGUGCUACCCCGUACCACACUACGUAGUAAGAACUUGGUUCCUCAAAGGUGUAGCUCAGUUCAGCAUUGAGUUUCUAUUACUGCUCUCAUUGUAGCUGCAAUCAAUAGCUCUAUAGGUAAACACAACUUGUUUACAGACUUCUAAUUUAUAUCUUUACUCAAAGUGGCUAUCAUUUUAAAUAUCAUAAUUAACCUAAGAAUUUUAAAACUGUACUGUGAUUUUCAGAACCUGUUACCUUUUGGUGCCGGAUCUGCAUUAUUCAAAUCCUUGCUACAUGUUUUAACGUAGAAAGUAAAACUUAAAAAAAAAAAAGAUGGUAUUUUUGCUUACACAGAAGAAGACAACCUGUAACAUAAAAUGAAUCAAAUGUUAAAAUUUUACACUUGCUGUAAAAGGGUUUAUUAAAACAAAAAAGUAUUUGUUCAAUUCCAAUAAAGCUAAAUGUGCUACUAUCAUUCCCUA